AUGUCGGACAAGGUGCCAGAGUCACCGACUACAGUCAAGCCACUGGACUACUCAGACGACGAAGACGUUCAAGAAUCAGGCAUCAUCAACAUGGACGACGGCACCACCAAACCGAACCCUACGUCAGGGGCUGCGACAGGCGCCUCUACGGAGGCCUCAACUGGCACUUCGGCUGCCCCCAACCCAUCAACGACCGCUUCCCAGGAGGCGCCUCCGCCGAAGCCCCCUCGUCCAGCGACCGAGCAACAGAAGAAUGAGGCCAUUCUGAAGGAGGCAUUUCCUACCAUCGAUGCUUCUGUCAUCAAGGCUGUGCUGAUCGCGAGCCGGGGACAAGUCGACCCAGCGUUUAAUGCGCUGCUGGGUAUGAGCGACCCCGACGCCAUUCAGCAGGACACAGAGGAGCAACCUCCCCCACAACCCCCGCGACCUCAGAAUGCCCAGUCCCAGCUCGAGGCAGAUGAGGCCUAUGCUCGCCAGUUGGCGCAACACUACGAGAACCAAAGUGCGGCAUACGAAGCCCGGACUGCCAACAGAGGCCCAGCAAACCAGCCCCGCCAACGCCAGCAGACAGGCCUGAAACCCAACGAGCUGUACGAUGACAGAGAGCACAGCUUCAUAGACGAUGAUCUUCCCGUCAUACAGGAGCAGCUGAAGAAGGGCUUCCAGGAGACGCAGACUAAAGUGAACUCGUGGUUCAAGGACAUCAAGAAGAAGUUCGACGAGCAAUUUGAUGAGAACGAAGGCUCAUCGUCCCACCAGCAGGGUGGUCGUGGUCCCUUCAUGGGGCGAGGCAGCGGGGAGUCAUCGAGGAGGAGCAGGGACUACGAGCGGUAUGAUGCUGAUCCGGAGCUGCUCAGCGACGACUUUGCCGGGAUGAAGUUCCGCAGCGACGGCACACCUGCCGGUCGUCAGCAGACACAGAACCCCAACCUGUUCAAGCCGCCACCACCCUCCGUGUCCCCAAAGCCACACGAUGGUCGCAAGGUGUCCUUCAAGGACGGCGUCGAGGACAUCGACCUCUAUAGCACCUCACCCAAGAACGCAGCCAGAGACUCGUCUUCUGCUGCGGCUACUGGCGGCAAACCCAGCAAGUGGCAGCCGCUGUCUUCGGUUGAGCCGAGCCCCAUCGCGGAGAACGACCCUUUUAGCCUUGGUGACAGUGAUGAUGAUAAAGACGCCAAAGACAAGCCAGACAAGGCCGGCAUCAAGAUGGAGGACUCAGAGGACUCGGAGGAAAGACUGAGGAAAGCAGCGGCGGAGGCAAUGGCGGACAGUUUGGUUGAUGACAAGGCCAAAAAGGAAGAUGCAAAGAAGUAA